AUGGUUAAGCCACCAUCCGACCCUUUUCCGCCCAAAUUUCAAUACACCUCAGAAUGGGUACACCAACACGAACAUACUGAUCCUGUGUUUAUAAGUCUCCCAAAAAAUUUGAAGGACAUUGCAGAUCUAGCCCAGGACAGUGGCCAUGCUCGAGCUGUCGACGAUGCCCCCGAUCGCGAAUCGAUUGGUCUGAAGCUCAAAAACGCAGACCUAGAAUGUUCCAGACUGCAGACGCACGCAGGUGUGCAUGCUACGGACGCACAAGCCAGACAACCGUGCCGACAGGACGGCUGGCCGGGCAGCAGAAAAGGGGCAUUUCGGAGUCCCGCCGAGGCAGGGUCUAGUCUGAAAAAGAGCGGUGAUCCCUGCCCUUUGAUGACUGACAACCCCGCUCCUUUUCCCCCCUGCUAA